AUUAACUGUUAAUAACUUCCAUUAGACGCCCAGAUUAUUUUCUGGAAGAUACAAGAGCUUGAGGAAAGAAAAUUGGGAAAAAUGCUAAAACGCGAUCUUCAGAGCAUCACCCUGAAGCUCUCCGAUCUCAAGGAGUACGAGGUGGCCCGCCAGAAGCGCAAGAACAAGGCGCAAGGCCCUCGACCCCGGCUCUCCAUGGAUGCCCUGGCCAGCGACGAUAUACCCUCCACUUCGGGCACGGCCACCAGUUCCUGUUCCCGAACCUGCACUGCAACUGGCACUGAAUCAAGUUCUGGAUCAGGUUCUGGCUCUGGAUCGGGAUCUAUUUCUUUGUCCGGUUCUGGUCCACGAUCGGAGACGCCUUCAUCGGCAUCCUACACGAAUUCUACCACGCCCACGGGCAUUACCCAGGAGGAGGUAUUCCGGCCCUCGUCGGCAGUUACGGGCACUACUUCCGGAUCAAUGGACGAUGUCAGUGUGGCCGCUGUUGUGGAUGACACGGACACCAUUGAUGAGCUGAGCGACGACAACUGGCAGGAUCUGAAUGCAGAAACCAAUACGGACACCAAUGAUACCAUCGAGGAGGUGAUCGAGGAGGAGCAGGAGGUGGAGGGUCGCGAGGAAGGGGAGGAGGAGGACGAUGACGAGGAGGAGGACGGAGCCAGGGGAGGCAUCUAAAUCGAAUCCUCAUCCUGGGAUCCAGUCUCUCUUUUUUCAUUACAUUCCAAUUCACUUUAUUCAUUCAAACUUAUUCACAUUCCAAUUAAUUACUUAAACAUAUAUUUAUAUCUUAUUUAUCAACACAUUUUGUAUACGAUACCUUUCAGGUACAUUAAAAUAUUAAUGCAUGC